AACCCUAACCAUUCUAUGAUGCGAAUCAGCAAGUUAAACCAUGGAUUGUGAUCACGACUAAGAUGAGGAAGCAGCAAAUCUGUUGUGAUAAAGCUUGUCAAAUGUCAUCUUCUUUUGCAUUUUUAUUUUUCGGUGGUUAUCCUCAAAGGAAGCUUACUUGGGAAUGGUGAAACCAUGCUGCUGAGCACUGAUGAUGCUUGGGCUUUAUCUGCUGCCAGAAGCUGUGUAGAUGCACUCUCCUCGAAGCAGCCUGACACCACAGAGCUGCCCAGGCUUUCUCCUUAUGCAUUUCUCACACCAGAUCUAUUUGUUGCCUUCUUCAUACCUUAGCUGUUUGUUGACCUAUGUCAUGGGCAUUGACUUUGGACACUGAACCCUGCAGCGCCUUCGGUCUGGUCCUGCUCAAGGCUUCGUGCUCACUUGCACUUAGAAAAGGCAAAUAAAUCCCCUGGCGCAUCAUUUCUUCAGCAGCACCACAGCUUGCAGAGGCGCAGGCCACUGCUGGCACUAGUGGUCAGAGGCGUGGGGUUUGCUACCAGCUCUUUUUCCCUCCUGGCUCUGGGAAAACAGAGGGAGUUCUUCCCACUGUUAAUGUUUGAUCAGGACCUGCCUGUUGCUCUCUGAACUCAUCCCUGUAAUAAAGGAGGCGGCUGCCUGCACCAGCCGCAGCAGGAAGGAAGCUGCAGGGUGUUUGAUGUGAGCCUGAAGCUGUGGCUCAGCCCACUCCUCAAACAGAGUACACAGAGGUGCGUGUGGCACAGAGGGGCUGGCCCUGCAGCCUCCUGCUUGCCCAUCUGCCUCCUGACUGAUUUAUGAUCAUCUCUGUAAACCCAGGGAUGUCUCUGCAGAUCUGGCUCGGAGAACAUGGCCACUUCAGUGCGGACGUUCCCGGUUGCCCUGUGGACACCGACGCCAGCUCCCUGGCUAGGAGGAAACACCACCGCAGCGGCAGAGGCGAAGUGCGUCUUCAAUGAGGAGUUCAAGUUCAUCCUGCUGCCCAUCUCCUACGGCAUCGUCUUUGUGGUGGGGCUGCCCCUCAACUCCUGGGCCCUGUGGAUCUUCAUGUCCAGGAUGAGGCCCUGGAAUGCCACCACCACCUACAUGUUCAACCUGGCUGUCUCUGACACACUCUAUGUCCUAUCCCUCCCCACCCUGGUCUACUAUUAUGCUGACCGCAACAACUGGCCCUUUGGGCAGUGGCUCUGCAAGAUGGUGCGCUUCCUGUUCUAUGCUAACCUCUACAGCAGCAUCCUCCUCCUGACGUGCAUCAGUGUUCACCGCUACGUGGGCAUCUGCCACCCCAUCCGCUCCCUGAACUGGGCGAAGACCAAGUGUGCCCGCAUCAUUUGUGUGGGUGCCUGGCUUGUCGUCACCAUCUGCCUCAUCCCCAACCUCAUCUUUGUCACCACCAGCUCCAAGGGCAACACCACUCUGUGCCAUGACACCACCAAGCCCGAGGAGUUUGACCAUUAUGUGCACUACAGCUCCUCCGUCAUGGCCCUCCUCUUCGGGGUCCCCUUCCUAGUGAUCGUCCUGUGCUACUGCCUGAUGGCCAAGAGUCUCGGCAAGUCCAGCUUCUCCAGCCCCAGCCCCCGAAUGCCCUCCUACAAGAAGCGCUCCAUCAAGAUGAUCAUCAUCGUGCUCACUGUCUUUGCCAUCUGCUUUGUGCCCUUCCACAUCACCCGGACCAUUUACUACACCUCCCGCUACUUCCAAGCCAGCUGUCAGACCCUCAACAUCAUCAACUUCACCUACAAGAUCACUCGGCCCCUGGCCAGCAUCAACAGCUGCCUUGACCCCAUCUUGUACUUCAUGGCUGGGGACAAGUACAGGGGGCAGCUGCGCCGGGGGCCAGCCCAUCGCCUCCGGACCGUGCCCACCUGUGACCUGGCCCUCGUGUCCCCCUCCAUGGAGAGCAUCCUGGGUGGCAGCCACACUCCCAGUGACACCUACGGGACUGGGACAGCACGGAGCAGAGGCGGGUGCUGAGGGGCCAAAGGGAAUUGUAGUAACCUCAUCCCUGGUCUCCACAGGUUGCAGCCCCCCGGGGCUCCAUGCGGGCAUCCUGGCAACCCCAGGUCCCCAAACCUGCCCUGCCCGGCCUCUGUGGGGGCAGACACUGCAGGGCUGAGGGCCGGUGGCCAUGGGCCUUGUCCCAGCCCUGCCCUAGAACGCCAUAGGAAGAGGGUGCUUGUGCCAGGCGGGGCAUGACCACCUUUGGGGGACCAAUGAGAAUGGGAAAAAUGCUGAGAAAUCCAUUUUGGUGAGGCAGCCGGUAUCUCAUCCAGGGGUGCUCCUGGGAUGUGGGGCACCAAAGAGAAGGGACACUGGUCCCUUCCUGGGCAUGCACAGCCCUUCCAACCUGCUCAAUAGGAAUGUGGGGGGACCAGACCGAACCUGGGGAUGAAGCGAACACUGGGCCCCCUGAGUACCUGGUGGAGGUUGUCAGAGAUGCCCCUGUCACACUGCUGGCUUUGGGAGAGGUAGGGAGGGAUGCAGCAUGGGGUACUUGCUGCCCAUCACCCCUCAAUAAAGCCCCUUCCCUUUUC